AGAAGUAUUGCACAUACAAGUAAUUGAGGCUUGUUCAGUGUGACCUGCUGUGUAUGAUGAGCAUGAAGAAAAGGCUCCGCCUCCUUUUUUUUUUUUGCAAACUCAGACUCAGACGCUCAGUGAAGCAGCACAGUUGGCUAUAAAUACAUGAAUAACAGCCAAGGCUCCGCUGGCUGCUUGCCGGGUGUCUGCUUUUACAUACUGAACCAGAAGCAGGAGUCCGCACGUUACGGUCAGCUGCUGGAUUUAUCUUUACGCUCUUUGACCAGCUCACUCCCAGAGCUCCUCUCUUGGUGUUUGGUAAUCUGAGGAGGGUUGACUCGACACAGCCGACGGAGCUGAAGCUAUGGAAGACUUCUGGGGACAUAUUGCCAGUCAGAGGGUGGCCAGAGUGACGUCCCUGGGAAAUGAUGAGGAGGCGGUGUUGGACCAGGGGAAGACAAGCUCCACCCUCCACACCAACUUUGAGAAAGAAGAACUGGAAAGUCACAGAGCGGUCUACGUUGGUGUUCACGUUCCUCUGGGCCGACAGAGUCGAAGGCGUCACCGUCACCGAGGACACCGACCUCACCGAAAACGAAGGGAUCGCUCAGACCGGGAGGACGGACGGGAGUCGCCUUCGUACGACACGCCGUCCCAGAGAGUCCAGUUCAUCCUCGGGACGGAGGAUGGAGACGAGGAGCACAUCCCCCAUGACCUGUUCACUGAGCUGGACGAGCUGGCCUUCAGAGACGGAGACUUCCAGGAAUGGAGGGAGACUGCUAGGUGGCUGAAGUUUGAGGAGGAUGUAGAAGACGGCGGUGAGCGUUGGAGUAAACCGUAUGUUGCUACAUUGUCCCUUCAUAGUUUGUUUGAGCUGCGUUCCUGCAUCCUGAACGGCACCGUGCUGCUCGACAUGAGGGCCAACACGAUCGAAGAGAUCGCAGACAUGGUGAUUGACAGCAUGCUGGCCACAGGUCAGCUGGAGGAAGGCGUUCGAGAGAAGGUGAGAGAGGCCAUGUUGAGGCGUCAUCACCACCAGAAUGAGAAGAAACUGAGCAAUCGAAUCCCGCUGGUCCGAUCCUUCGCUGACAUCGGCAAGAAACAUUCUGACCCACAUUUACUGGAGCGCAAUGGUCUGCUAACAUCCCCUCAUUCGGCUCCGGGAAACCUCGACAACAGCAAGAACAGCGAGAGUCGCAUCAAUGGCGGCAGCCGGGAAAACAGUACAGUGGACUUCAGCAAGGUGGAUAUGAACUUCAUGAAGAAGAUCCCUCCUGGUGCUGAGGCCUCCAAUGUUUUGGUAGGCGAAGUUGACUUCCUGGAGCGACCAAUCAUCGCCUUCGUACGACUUGCCCCUGCCAUGCUGUUAACUGGACUCACAGAGGUCCCAGUGCCCACCAGGUUUCUCUUCCUGCUGCUCGGUCCGUUUGGAAAAGGUCCGCAGUACCAUGAGAUCGGACGCUCCAUGGCCACUCUGAUGACAGAUGAGAUUUUCCACGAUGUUGCCUACAAGGCGAAGGACAGGAACGAUCUGCUGUCGGGAAUCGAUGAGUUCCUGGAUCAGGUCACCGUGCUUCCUCCGGGUGAAUGGGACCCCAGCAUCCGCAUCGAGCCCCCAAAGAGCGUCCCAUCACAGGAGAAGAGGAAGAUGGCGCCUGUUCCUAAUGGCUCCGCCCACACCUCAGACACCUUCAAGGAGGUGGAGCAGCACACAGGACCAGAGCUGCAGAGGACAGGGAGGAUCUUUGGUGGUUUGGUGAAUGAUGUUCGGAGGAAAGCUCCCUUCCUCUGGAGUGACAUCAGAGACGCCAUCAGCCUGCAGUGUUUGGCGUCCGUCCUCUUUCUGUACUGCGCCUGCAUGUCACCUGUCAUCACGUUCGGAGGUCUGCUGGGAGAAGCUACCAGAGGAAACAUAAGCGCCAUAGAGUCUCUGUUUGGGGCGUCUCUGACUGGCGUGGCCUACUCUCUAUUUGCUGGUCAACCUCUCACCAUCCUGGGCAGUACCGGUCCUGUUCUGGUCUUUGAGAAGAUCCUUUUCAAGUUUUGCAGUGACUACGGCCUGUCUUAUCUGUCCCUGCGGACCAGUAUUGGACUGUGGACGGCCUUCCUCUGUGUGCUGCUGGUCGCCACAGACGCCAGCUCUCUUGUCUGCUACAUCACACGCUUCACUGAGGAGGCCUUUGCUGCCCUUAUUUGCAUAAUCUUCAUCUAUGAGGCUCUGGAGAAGCUGGUCCACCUCGGGGAGGUCUACCCUAUCAACAUGCACAACCACCUGGACAACCUCACCUUCUACACGUGUCGGUGUUCUCCACCUUCCAACACCUCAGCUGAAGUCCAACACCUGUGGAGCAUGAAAAACUUGACGUCAGAAAACAUCCAGUGGGACCAGCUAACUGUGAAGGACUGCGUGGAUUUACGCGGGCAGUUUGUCGGCUCGGCCUGCAGCCGUGAUGGACCCUUUAUCCCCGACAUCCUUUUCUGGUCCGUCAUCCUUUUCUUCGCCACCUUCUUCCUCUCCGCCUUCUUCAAACAGUUCAAGACCAAGAGAUACUUCCCCACCAAGGUUCGCUCAACCAUCAGUGACUUUGCCAUCUUUCUGACCAUCAUGAUCAUGGUGUUGGUGGAUUAUCUGGUGGGAGUUCCAACUCCCAAACUGAACGUGCCCGACCGCUUCGAGCCCACAUCAAACACUCGGGGGUGGCUCAUCUCUCCACUCGGUCCCAAUCCCUGGUGGACACUGCUGGCCGCUGCUGUCCCUGCCCUGCUUUGCACUAUCCUGAUCUUCAUGGACCAGCAGAUCACAGCUGUCAUUGUCAACAGGAAGGAGAACAAACUCAAGAAAGGCUGUGGUUACCACCUGGACCUGCUGGUGGUGGCCGUGAUGCUCGGUGUGUGCUCCAUAAUGGGUCUGCCGUGGUUUGUAGCAGCGACGGUACUCUCUAUCUCCCACGUCAACAGUCUGAAGGUGGAGUCGGAGUGCGCAGCGCCAGGUGAGCAGCCAAAAUUCCUGGGCAUCAGGGAGCAGAGAGUCACCGGCUUCAUGAUCUUCAUCCUGAUGGGCUGCUCCGUCUUCAUGACCUCUGCCCUCAAGUUCAUUCCGAUGCCUGUCCUGUAUGGAGUCUUCCUCUACAUGGGAGUGUCCUCACUCAAAGGCAUUCAGCUCUUUGACCGGAUCAAACUGUUCGGCAUGCCAGCCAAACACCAGCCAGACCUGAUCUACUUGCGCUACGUCCCUCUGUGGAAGGUCCACGUCUUCACUGUGGUGCAGCUGUCCUGCCUUAUUGUCCUCUGGGUUAUCAAGGCUUCGGCUGCCGCUGUCAUCUUCCCCAUGAUGGUUCUCGCUCUGGUCUUCAUCCGGAAGCUUCUGGAUUUCUGUUUCACCAAGAGAGAGUUGAGCUGGCUGGAUGACCUGAUACCAGAGAGCAAGAAAAAGAAGGAUGACGACAAGAAGAAGAAGGAGAAGGAGGACGCUCAGCGGAUGCUGGAAGAGGCAGAGGAUGAUCAGCCAUACGAUGAAGAAAACAUCAUCGACUUUCCAAUCAAAAGCCUGAGAGGACGCGUGGAUCCAUCAGAGGUCAACAUCUCUGAUGAAAUGGCCAAAAGUGGCAUUUGGAAAUCAGUCUCCAUGAACUCCCACAGCAACAAACCUCUGAAACGCGGCAGCAGCCAAGACAAGCUGUCGGGUGUCCAGAUAAAUGUGGAGAAUGAGGACAUUCGGAGAGUCGUGGACGCUGAGACGUCACUAUGAUCCUCCACCAUGUGGUGAUGUUCCUGAGGACAAGGAAGGCGGGCUGCUCUUCCUCGCUGUAGCCCUCUGUCUUCUGAACUGAGGUGAAAGGUCGUGCAGCACCAAUCAGGGCUCACCUCGCCAUGCCGUAGUCUCAUGCUGCAAUUUCUUGUAUGGGGGCGAACUUUUUCUUUUCUCAUCAUUUUAUGGUGAAACAUAAAGACUCCACCACUGGGAGCAAAUGAUGGCCACUGUGUUUGUCUGCUGAAGUAUCAAACCGAAAAUCCAAGUCCAUGGACACCUGAUUUUCUGGAGUAAUCUGAAAACACCUGAAUUUAAUUUUAUUGUUUUAAAUGUUUCAAACGAGGCUCUUCGCCUCUGGAGUUUUAUUUAAUUCAUCAUGCUGAUUCAACAUAUGUGUGUGUGUGUGUGUGUGUGUGUGUGUAUGUGAGUGAGAGAUCACUGUUGUGCCUCACCUUGUUGCCUGCAGUGGCUGACUGAACAACAUCACAGCUACUGUCUUCAUAGUUUGUUCUUCAAGUUUCAAUAAAAUCAAUUUGGGGACAACAAUCAG